AUCCAUAUCAUACUUAAAGCUCCGAUGAAGAAGCUCCGGAGUUGAUCGACGACGACGACAUGGUACAUAGUGCCUACGAUUCCUUCGAGCUCCUCAGCGAUUGCCCUACCAAGAUCGACGCUGUCGAAUCGUACGACUCAAAGCUCCUCCUCGGCUGCUCCGAUGGGUCCCUCAAAAUAUACGCUCCCGAAUCCUCCGGCUCCAAUCGUCAUCCGCCGCCCGAUUACCACGCCCAGGUGCAAGAGCUGCGCAAGGAACCGUACGCACUGGAGAGAAACAUGUCUGGGUUCUCGAAGAGGCCUCUGGUAUCGAUGCAGGUCCUGGAGUCGAGGGAGCUCCUGCUAUCGCUCUCGGAAUCGAUCGCGUUCCAUAAGCUCCCCAAUUUGGAGACCAACGCUGUGAUCACCAAAGCAAAGGGCGCGAAUGUGUACUCGUGGGACGAUCGGAGAGGCUUCUUGUGCUUCGCGAGGCAAAAGAGGGUCUGUAUUUUCAGACAUGAUGGGGGUCGAGGAUUUGUGGAGGUGAAAGAAUAUAAUGUUCCGGAUAUGGUGAAGUCGAUGUCUUGGUGUGGUGAGAAUAUAUGUUUGGGUAUUAGAAAAGAAUACAUGAUACUAAACACCAUAAAUGGGGCAUUGACUGAAGUAUUUCCUUCCGGGAGGCUAGCCUCGCCUUUUGUGGUCUCCCUUCCUUCGGGGGAACUUCUUCUUGGGAAGGAGAACAUUGGUGUCUUUGUGGACCAAAAUGGGAAGCUUCUUCAAGAAGGUAGGAUUUGUUGGUCAGAGGCCCCUGCAGAAGUUGUCAUUCAGAAGCCGUAUGCAAUAGCUUUAUUGCCAAGAUAUGUUGAGAUUCGGUCUCUUCGAGAUCCAUAUCCAUUGAUACAGACUGUGGUUCUCCGAAAUGUUCGUCAUAUUGGCCAAAGCAACAAUUCUGUAAUUGUUGCAUUAGAAAAUUCUGUUUAUGUGCUCUUCCCUGUUCCUCUUGGUGCACAGAUUGUACAAUUGACAGCAUCUGGCAAUUUUGAUGAAGCCUUGGCUUUGUGUAAGCUGCUUCCACCAGAAGAUUCAAGUCUUCGUGCUGCAAAAGAGGGGUCAAUUCAUCUGAGGUAUGCUCACUACCUCUUCGAUAAUGAAAGCUAUGAGGAGGCCAUGGAGCAUUUUUUGGCAUCUCAAAUAGAUAUAACCUAUGUACUCUCUUUGUAUCCAUCUAUCAUCCUUCCUAAAACAACUAUGAUUCCAGAGCCAGAGAAACUGGUGGACAUUUCUUGGGAUGCUUCAUAUCUCUCAAGAACUUCUUCUGGUUUAUCAGACGAUAUGGAAGCACCAUCCCUACAGCAAUUGGAAUCUGAUGAGAAUGCAGCACUUGAUUCCAAGAAAAUGAGCCAUAAUACUCUCAUGGCUCUCAUUAAGUUUUUGCAGAAGAAGAGAUACAGUAUAAUUGAAAAGGCCACUGCUGAGGGAACAGAAGAGGUUGUUUUAGAUGCAGUUGGAGAUAAUUUUGCGUCGUAUGACUCUAGUAGGUUCAAGAAAUCAACAAAGGGGCGUGGUAACAUCCACAUUAGCUCUGGUGCUAGGGAGAUGGCAGCAGUACUUGACACAGCACUACUCCAAGCUCUGCUUCUUACUGGACAGUCUUCGGUGGGUUUAGAAUUACUGAAAGGCGUUAACUACUGUGAUGUGAAAAUAUGUGAGGAAAUUCUCCGAAAAAAGAAUCAUUAUGCUGCUUUGUUAGAACUAUACAAGUGCAAUUCAAUGCACCGUGAAGCUCUUAAACUUCUGCAACAAUUAAUAGAAGAGUCGAAAUCAAAUCAAUCACUAGCUGAGCUUACCCAAAAGUUUAAGCCCGAGUCAAUUAUUGAAUACCUCAAGCCUCUCUGUGGGACUGAUCCAAUGCUUGUCCUGGAGUGCUCAAUGCUUGUUCUUGAAAGCUGUCCGACACAAACUGUUGAGCUGUAUUUGUCUGGAAAUAUUCCAGCAGACUUGGUUAACUCUUACUUGAAGCAACAUGCUCCAACAAUGCGGGCCAAGUACUUAGAAUUCAUGCUUGCAAUGAAUGAGAAUGGGAUCUCAGGAAAUCUGCAAAAUGAAAUGGUUCAAAUAUAUCUCUCGGAAGUACUUGAUUGGUAUGCAGAUCUAAGUUCUCAACAGAAAUGGGAUGAGAAAGCUUAUUCCUCGACGAGGAAGAAAUUAUUGUCUGCUUUAGAGAGCAUCUCAGGAUAUAAUCCGGAGGCUUUGUUGAAACGUCUUCCACCAGAUGCUUUAUAUGAAGAGCGUGCAAUAUUGCUGGGUAAAAUGAACCAACAUGAGCUUGCCUUGUCUCUAUAUGUUCAUAAGCUUUAUGUUCCUGAGCUGGCACUGGCCUAUUGUGAUCGGGUAUACGAGUCUGUAGUUCAUCAACCAUCUUUUAAAUCUUCUAGCAAUAUAUACCUCACUCUUCUGCAAAUUUAUCUGAAUCCUCGGAGGACAACCAAGAACUUUGAAAAGCGAAUUACAAAUCUAGUAUCACCUCCAAAUACAAGCGUUCCGAAGGUUGGUUCAUGGACUUCAGUUAAGGGUAAAGGAGGCCGUGGAAAUAAGAAAAUUGCUUCAAUAGAGGGUGCAGAGGACAUGCGAGUCAGUCUGAGUGGCACCGACAGUAGCCGGAGUGAUGGUGACGCGGAUGAAUCUAUUGAGGAAGGAGGUUAUACUAUUAUGCUCGAUGAAGUCCUUGAUCUGUUGAGCCAAAGGUGGGAUAGAAUAAAUGGAGCUCAAGCUCUCAAACUUUUACCAAGGGAGACCAAACUACAGAACUUGCUCCCAUUUCUUGGACCUCUUCUGCGAAAAUCCAGUGAAGCACACAGAAAUCUUUCAGUUAUCAAGAGUUUGAGACAGAGUGAGAACCUGCAGGUGAAGGAUGAACUCUUCAACCAAAGGAAAACGGUGGUGAAGAUCACCAGUGAUAGCACGUGCUCUCUUUGCCAUAAGAAGAUAGGGGCAAGCGUUUUUGCAGUGUACCCCAACGGGAAGACACUUGUGCACUUUGUUUGCUUUAGAGACUCUCAGAGUAUGAAAGCUGUGGGCAAAGGCUCACCGCGAAGGAGGAGAUGAUAAUCAGUGCUCAAAGUGGAUGAAUGAGAUCCAUUUUCGAUUUAAACUCAGCAAAGGAUGAUUUUUGUCAACAACUUUAAGCUGAAAACAGGUGCUAGAGGCACUCGUUCGAACAUCAAGCGAUGGAUAGAGAUGUAAAAACCUGAACCCCUGCGGUGAAGUGGAAAACAACAAAAGAGGUAUAAAUAUGGUAGAAUGUUGGUUUGUCUUUAGGAUGAGGAUCAUCCUAUAUUUGCUUGGUCGAUUGCGUGGAUUUGAGGCUGGCAUUUUUAAGGGUUUGAGCUUCUUUAUUUGUAAGGGUGUAUUAAUGAGGAGAAAUGGUGUUGAUUGUGUAUAAGUGCAAUGUAACCAGAAUGCUUGCAAUUUUUUUUUUUUAGGGCUUUGUGUAAUUUGAACAAAUUUUUCCUUUGAACAGGGUUGGAUUAAUUUAUUUCAACCUAAUUUAUUAAA